UAUCAGAGUUAUCAGACAGCCAGUCGGUUCGUUCAUGUCUUCGCAAUAAUAUUGCCUCCGUUUGAGUUUCGAAUGAUGCCGUCGCAAAAGUUGGUUUUCCUUCCGGAUCCGGACAUCGCGAAGAGCUGCUAUGUCAGCAGCCCGGCUCAGUACAAGCAGAUGUACCAGAAGUCGAUCGAGAAUCCGUCCGAGUUUUGGGGAGAGAUUGCGGACAAUUUCUAUUGGAAAAAGCCGAUCGAUUUCGACAACUUCAACCGAUUCAAUUUCGACGUUAGGAAAGGUCCCGUCUUCACCAAGUGGUUGGACGGCGCAACCACGAACAUCUCCUAUAAUCUGCUUGACAGGAAUAUUCGGAACGGAAAUGGGAAAAAAAUCGCUUUCUAUUGGGAAGGAAAUGAUCCCAAGAACUCAAAAUACAUCACGUAUUCGGAACUUCUCUCUGAAGUAUGUCGUUUCGCCAAUGUCCUCAAAAGCCGAAAUGUACAGAAAGGAGACAGAGUAGCCAUAUAUAUGCCAAUGAUAUUAGAAGCUGUAAUCACCAUGUUAGCCUGUACAAGAAUAGGAGCUGUUCAUUCUUUGGUGUUUGCAGGAUUCUCUGCCGAUUCGUUUGCCGAAAGGAUAACAGACUGCCAAGCACGACUUCUAGUUACAGCUGAUGCUACAUGGAGGGGGCAGAAAUUAAUCAAACUCAAGACUAUUUGUGAUGAAUCUAUGGAAAUAUGCAAGAAAAAAGGUCACGUGGUAGAAACCUGCAUAGUUGUGGCUCAUUUUCAAAGGAGCGAACUUCCUAAUGGUGUAGCAAAGUUAAAUUAUGAGGCUCCCAUGUUGAACUCGAGAGAUUUCUGGUGGCAUGAAGUUGUACCUGGUGCUUCCGCAAACUGUCCUCCAGAAUGGAUGGAAGCAGAGGAUCCAUUGUUUAUACUGUAUACUAGUGGUUCCACAGGCAAACCUAAAGGAGUUCUUCAUACAACUGGAGGAUAUUUACUUUAUGCAGCGACCACCUUUAAAUUCGUGUUCGACUAUAAACCAGGGGAUAUUUAUUGGUGCACUGCUGAUAUAGGAUGGAUUACAGGCCAUACCUAUGUCGUAUAUGGACCUUUAGCGAAUGCAGCAACAUCUGUGAUUUACGAAGGAACGCCGUUCUAUCCAACCAACAGCAGGUACUGGGAAAUAGUUGAAAAAUAUAAAGUUAAUCAAUUUUAUACUGCACCAACUGCAAUAAGAACUCUGAUGAAAUUUGGGGAAGAUAUUAUAAAAAAGCAUAAUUUAUCAUCCCUGAGAAUUCUUGGUUCGGUUGGUGAACCUAUCAAUCCAGAAGCAUGGUUAUGGUACUAUAAAAAUAUUGGAAGGGAAAAAUGUUCCAUUGUGGACACCUAUUGGCAAACUGAAACAGGAGGUCAUAUUAUAACACCCCUUCCUGGUGUUACCGCCAUGAAACCGGGAGCUGCCUCCUCGCCAUUUUUCGGUGUUCAACCCAUACUUCUUGAUGAUAAUGGUAAAGAAAUCGAAGGAGAAGGGGAAGGAUAUUUGGUGUUUUCAAGACCAUGGCCCGGCAUCAUGAGGACAUUGUUCAACAACCAUGACAGAUACGAAGAAACCUAUUUUAAACGAUUCCCAGGAUACUACUUUUCUGGCGAUGGGGCUCGAAGAGACUCAGACGGAUACAUUUGGGUAACUGGUAGAGUAGAUGACAUGUUGAACGUUUCAGGACACUUAAUGUCGACAGCGGAGGUAGAAUCAGUACUUACCGAACACAAAUAUGUGACUGAAGCUGCAGUAGUGGCUAAACCACACCCUAUCAAGGGAGAAUGCUUAUAUUGUUUCAUCACUAUCGCAGAAAAUGCAGUAUUCGAUGAUAAACUUCAAACGGAACUGAAGCAAUUGGUAAGGGAAAGAAUAGGUCCAUUUGCCCAACCAGAUGUGAUUCACAAUGCUCCAGGGCUGCCAAAAACAAGGUCUGGCAAGAUCAUGAGAAGAAUUCUACGGAAAAUAGCUCAAGAUGACCGUGAUAUCGGUGAUAUAAGUACUUUGGCUGAUAGUGGAAUAGUAGACGUCCUCUUUAAAACUAAACCAAUUAGUACAAAAAUACAAAGCUAAAAAUAAUGGGCAAUAGAGAUGUUGAAGCUGUAGAAAUGAGCACAGCUUUAUGGUAUUUAUCAUUCCAGAAUGUCUGGAAAACAUAGAAGAAUGCACAUGUUGAACAAAGAAAUACUCAAAUGGAAAUAUUCCGACUCAAAAAAACCAUUGAACACCAUCAGCUAAACUGUGAAUUUAUAGAAAUAGAUAAUCGCACAAUUCCAAUCCAUUAUUUGUUUCUAUAUGUGUAAGAAAAUAUUGUCGUGUUGCAGAUAUACGAGUACAAAUUCAGUUGUUUAUAUUUCUAUUUCCAUUUUGUUAAUUUCUCUGGUUGUACAGUUAAUUUGACUUAAGUAAAAUAUGUUGAACAUAAUAUA